GCCCGCGGGCCGGCAGCACCCUCUGCUCCUCCCCUGGCCGGCCACUGCCCGGCGUGUUAGUGCCGCCGUCAUGGAUCUGAUUUUAAACCGAGCGGAUUAUUUACAGGUUGGUGUGACCUCUCAGAAGACUAUGAAGCUACUUCCUUCCUCAAAACAUAGAGCUACACAAAAGGUGGUUAUUGGUGAUCAGGAUGGGGUUGUUAUGUGUUUUGGAGUCAAGAAAGGAGGAGCAGUGGCAGUCUUUAAGACUCUACCUGGACAGAAGAUUGCAAGGCUGGAGCUAGGAGGGGUUCUCAACACACCUCAGGAAAAAAUUUUUAUUGCUGCAGGAUCUGAGAUUAGAGGCUUCACAAAGAGAGGGAAACAGUUCCUGUCCUUUGAAACAAACCUCACUGAAAGCAUUAAAGCUAUGCACAUAUCUGGCUCAGACCUCUUUCUCAGUGCAAAUUACAUUUAUAACCAUUAUUGUGACUGCAAAGACCAACAUUAUUACCUUUCGGGGGACAAAAUCAAUGACAUCAUCUGCCUUCCAGUGGAAAGAUCACCUCUUAUUACACCGAUACUGGCCUGCCAAGAUAGAGUACUCAGAGUUUUACAGGGAUCUAAUCUCAGAUAUGAAGUUGAAGUCCCUGGACCACCUACUGUUUUAGCACUGCACAAUGGAAAUGGCGGUGAUUCUGGGGAAGACCUUUUGUUUGGAACAUCAGAUGGGAGACUUGGGCUUAUUCAGAUCACUACGUCUAAUCCAAUCCAUAAGUGGGAAAUUCGAAAUGAAAAACAGAGGGGAGGUAUUUUAUGUGUUGAUAGCUUUGACAUCGUAGGAGAUGGGGUGAAAGAUUUACUUGUCGGGAGAGAUGAUGGAACAGUGGAAGUGUAUAGUUUUGAUAAUGCAAGUGAACCCUUUCUACGAUUUGAUCAGACCUUGUCUGAAAGUGUUACAUCUAUUCAAGGUGGUUGUAUAGGGAAAGACGGCUAUGAUGAAAUUGUGGUAUCCACAUAUUCAGGCUGGGUCACUGGUCUGACAACUGAACCUGUUCAUAAGGAAAGUGGACCAGGAGAAGAAUUAAAAAUUAAUCAGGAGAUGCAGAAUAAAAUUUCUUCUUUAAGGAGUGAGUUGGAACAUUUGCAGUAUAAAGUACUACAGGAAAGAGAGAAAUAUCAACAGUCUUCUCAGUCAAGCAAAGCAAAAUCAGCAGUACCUUCAUUUAGUGUAAAUGACAAAUUCAUAUUAAAUAAAGAUGAUGCCAGCUAUAGCCUUAUCUUAGAGGUGCAGACAGCAAUAGAUAAUGUCUUAAUACAGAGUGAUGUCCCAAUAGAUUUACUUGAUGUGGAUAAAAAUUCUGCUGUUGUCAGCUUUAGCAGCUGUGAUUCUGAGUCAAAUGACAACUUUCUUCUUGCUACUUAUCGGUGCCAAGCAAAUACUACAAGGCUGGAACUCAAGAUUCGUUCAAUUGAAGGCCAGUAUGGCACACUUCAAGCAUAUGUGACCCCAAGGAUUCAACCCAAAACCUGUCAGGUCUGCCAGUACCAGAUCAAACCCCUUUCACUUCAUCAACGAACUCACUCUAUUGAUCAUGACAGCAAGCAAAGUUGUGUCAUUGGCUUACCACAGCUCAUUUACUUAUUUUAUAGAAAAGGAGAAGGAGUUUUUAAGUCUGACAACAUUUCUACUAUAUCCAUUCUAAAAGAUGUUCUCUCCAAAGAAGCUACAAAGAAGAAAAUUAACCUCAACAUAUCAUAUGAGAUCAAUGAAGUAUCAGUCAAACACACUUUAAAGCUAAUCCAUCCAAAACUAGAGUACCAAUUGCUUUUGGCUAAGAAAGUACAGUUAAUUGAUGCUCUAAAAGAAUUGCAAGUUCAUGAGGGAAAUACAGACUUUCUGAUACCGGAAUACCGCUGUAUAUUAGAAGAGGCCGAUCACCUACAGGAAGAGUACAAAAAGCAACCUGCACAUCUUGAAAGGCUCUAUGGCAUGAUCACUGAUCUUUUCAUCGAUAAGUUCAAGUUUAAAGGCACCAAUGUGAAAACCAAAGUACCUCUGCUCCUGGAGAUUCUGGACAGUUAUGAUCAAAAUGCACUGAUUGCUUUCUUUGAUGCCGCAUGAAAAAUAAUCAAGGUAAAAUCCCAAAGAAGUGACUCUUUAAAAGGAAAAAAUAAAAAACAAUUAUAAACUGACCAUAUGAGAGGGUUUCAACAUUGAUGGAAAAAUUCCAUUAUCUUUUAAUUUCAUUUCCCACCAACUGUUUGAAGCCCCCUUGUAUAUACUUUUAUUUCAAGUGCUUUUUAGUAUCUUUUUUUUUUCAGAUACAACUUUAAGUAACACUUCUAUUUACAUUGACAAUGGAACUUUUUAAUAUUUAAAAUAAAACUGGAUGGCCAUUUA